GGCUCCGACCGGAAGGCGGAAGUGCGGGGGCUUCCGGUUUGGCGUCGUACGCGUGGAGUGCGGUCCGUCGUGUUUCUCAGGUAAAGCAUGGCUAAAAGCUUACGGAGUAAGUGGAAACGGAAGAUGCGGGCAGAGAAGAGAAAGAAGAAUGCCCCACGGGAGCUCAGCAGACUUAAAAGUAUUCUCAGAGUUGACGGUGAUGCUCUGAUGAAGGAUGUCGAGGACAUAGCAACUGUGGUGGUCCCCAAACAGUGCCAGGGGAAAACGCAGUGUACGGUGGACAAUGAAAAGGAAGACACAAAAAUGGAGACUGAACUGAAGAGAAACAAGAAGACCCUUCUAGACCAGCAUGGACAGUACCCAGUGUGGAUGAACCAGAGGCAGAGGAAAAGACUGAAGGCAAAGAGAGAGAAAAAACGGGGGAAAAGCAGAGCCAAGGCAGCGAAGGGCCUGGCCUGGUAGACCCUUGAGAACUGGAAAGUAGUGGUGCACGUGCCUUUAAUCCCAGCCCGCGGGAGGCAGACAGGCAGAGCUCCAUGAGUUCGAGGCCAGCCUGGACUGUUACACAGAGAAACCUUGUCUCAAAAAAUCACAAAAAAAAAAAAGAAAGAAAAACUGGAAAGUGUUCAUGGGAAAGAAGUUCAGUUGUUAGGAAUGUCUUCACUGAUUUCAGCUCUCACUGAAUGGAAGCUAUUUGUUUUCAUAUUUUAGUUUGGUCUUAUAUCUAUCUGUAAUGCAAAUCCAGAAUAAUUGAUUUGUGUUGGGAACUGGAAUAAACUACCUUCCGUGAUGAAAGAAAA